AUUUUACCCACGACAUCCUUAUCACCUCACCAAACCUGAUCUCCAAGACGUUAUCCGAUUCAUGGAUUAAAAAGCUUGUUACCCCUGCCCAGAUCCUAAACUUUACUCCAAAUUCGCAUUCCAAACUCCAACAGGAUUUUAGCCCACUCACCUCACAGGGAUAUUAUUAGCCAUGCUACGACAACGAGAACAUGGGGGCCAAAAUGAACCAUGAUUUGCGGAUUGGAUGCGGUCAGCUUACAGAUCGUAGCCUGUAAUACCAUUUUGAAACCAGGCUUAGCGAAAAGGAUCGUCGUUAUAAAGGCCCCAAGUUGCGCCCCCAUUUAAUCCUGCCUGACUGAUCCGCUCCGUUUCCCUGUCUCUUGGUUCUUCCUUUUCAUUUAUUGUUUCGUUAGCGGUUUUUGAUCGUCUUGAGUUGCGCAAUGAGUCAACAACAGCAUCUUCCGGAUAGUGAAGGCCUCCAGGUCAACACGGACGCUGAACAAGCCGCCAAAGCCCCAGAAGUAGCUCCCGGUUACGAUAACGGCAAUUAUUAUAUACCUCCCGGGUAUCAUCAUCCUCAGCAGGCGUCAUCAGAUGGAGUAAGGAUUCCUUUUGGGCUUGGAGUUUGGACUUUCGCUGCGCUCGUCGCUCUAUGUACGGCUAUCAUUGUCGGCGCGGGUGUAGGUGGAGGAUUGGGCGCUGCAUUGGCAAAUAAAUCUAGUGACUGCUCAGCGGACUCAGCAUCUGGUACCGCUCCCGCCGCAACAGCAGAACCAACCGCAACAUCGUGCCCAACACCCGAAAACAGCACAUCAGUCAACGACACAGCUCCCUAUGUACCGAGAGCUGCUGACACAGUUAGCCUGCUGGAGUUAGAUUGCCCCGAUUCAAAGAAAGACGAGACACGGUACAAGACCAACAAAGGCUACGAGUUCAAGUGGUGGUGCGGCGUCAACGCAGCACAAGGCACCCCAGCUGAGGGAGGAGGUAUUGUUGCCGAUUAUGCGCCUAUCUAUGCGUAUACAAUUGAAGACUGUAUGGAGGCUUGCGGAAACAUGAUCGACAAGGACGCCGAAACCGGCAACGGAGUGAAAUGCGCCAGCAUCGUCUUUUCGAAGCGCAUGAAGGACGAAUUAGACGGUUUAAACGCGAAUUGCUGGUUGAAGAACAAUACCAAGGCGCAGGCAAGCUUUCUGAUCCAGGUUGACGAUGAUUUAAUGCUAAUUUGAUGAUAGGGGAGCAAUUGGGGUUUCAAGGACGAUUGGUACGCAUACGCGGAGCUAGACAACUAAACAAGUCGAAGUGUGGCGUUUGAGACUGGCAGGAAUACCUAAUGAUUCGAUUGAUGCACUCGAAAUUAGUUUAAUUCUAGAAAUGAUACCAAUUCUGCCUCUGUCGGGGCUGAAGCUAUUCCCAAC